AGACCGCGCCGGACCGGGUCGUCCCGCUCUGCACCUCUGCCCGCCUGGGGCGCCGCGCAGGGUCGCCAGUCGGUGGCCGGCCCAGUCGGCGGCUCUGCGCCCACCAGCCGGACUCAGAGGCUGCCCGCCGGGAGCGCUCGUCUGUCCGCAGAUUCGCCUCCGGGGAGGGCCGCUCGUGACUGAGGAGAGUGGCAGGGCAGAGAGCCGCUUGUAUACUCGUACCGCCCUGCGGACAGCGGGGGAGAGCGGGCAGGGAGGACGAGCCGUCAGUGACCUGAGUGGCCUGGUGACAUCGCAGGAGGGUUGAAUGGUGAUUGGAUGCGACCUGAUGAGGGGUCAGUUGACCUGGUGUGACCGAAUGUGACCCGAGGUUACCUGGCAAGCCCGUCGUGGCUGUCUAGCGGUGACAGUGGGUUUUCGGCCGUUUUGGAAAUCCGCCGAAGCCGAGUGCCGAAAGUGUUUACGACGAACAAGCGGUGUUGGCUUUUUGCCGCACAAUUAGUGAGACCGGCUCUCCGCCCGAUGGGGCAGUGCUGAUCUGAAUGGUGGGCUGCCGCGCUGAGCCGUACUGAGCCGCUCUGAGCCGUGCUGAGCCGCGCUGAGCUGAGCCAGGCGGCUCUCGAGGGUCGGUUUCCGGGCGGUGAUUUGCUGCGCUCCGUGUCAGCGGCUCCGGCGGCGGUCCGGGCGGCCGAGCUGCCGACAGCGCAGAGCGUCCCUCUCUCGGACUGCCGCGAUGCCGCCGGCGCUGGCUCUAGUGCUCCUCUGCAUACUGGGAACAAAAGGCUCUCCGUACAUUCCGACGGCCGCUGAACCGCCGGGCCGGCCGCCCAAUGAGACCUCGUCGCAGAGCCAGCUGCCCGAGUUUGUGACGUCACCCGAGGCCCGGGAGGUGACGAGUCGCACCAACCAGCCGGCGCACCUGCACUGCCAGGUGGCCAACCUGGGAGACAGAUCGGUGUCGUGGCUGCGGGCGCGGGACCUGCACAUCCUCACCACCGGCCUCUUCACCUUCACCACGGACAAGCGGUUCGUGGCGUUCAACACGGGCACGACGUGGACGCUGAAGCUGCUGGCGCCGCGGGUGAACGACUCGGGCGCCUACCUCUGCCAAGUCAGCACCGAGCCGCGCAUCAGCCAGUCGUUCACGCUCACCGUCAAAGAGUCUCGGGCCUACAUCGCCAGCAACCGGGAGCUGUUUGUGAAGGCGGGCAGCUCCAUCAGCCUGUCGUGCACGCUGACACAUAACAUCAGCCAGCUGUACUGGCUGCACAACGGCUCAGUCAUACACUACACCGCCUGGUCCCAGGAGGACCAGCCAGUGGGUCUGGGUCGGGUGGUGGCCACCACAGCUGGCCGCACCAGCAGUCUGCUCGUCUCUCGGGCCGGGCUCACCGACUCUGGCCAGUACACGUGUCAGCCCACAGACGCCGAGGCCGACCACGUGAUGGUGCACGUGCUGACAGGAGAACACCCGGCGGCCAUGCAGCACGGCUCUGCGAGUCCGGCGCGCUCAGCGGUCCUACUGACGUCAGCCCUGCUGAUGACGACUGCCGUCUGCGUCAGAUGAUAACCAUUCACAUCAGCCUACCCCUGGCCGGUCGGAGGUGUGCGGAACUCAGUGACACCCGGCGGAACUGAGCGGCGGCCGCCGGGCUCAGCCCUGGACUACUUGACGCUCCCCAGGAGGGAGGGAGGGGGUGUCGCAGCAAGUGCUUCUCGGCUGAGAACUUCGGAGUGUGCCCGGUGACCGAGUGAACUUGGCGACAUACCUCGCCGGCAAUGGGAGCCAAAACAGGCGUCGAGCUGGCCGCGGCGGCCGCGCCGCUGCAGGAUACCUUGUGACAUGCCGAGUGGGCGUGCCGCUUCCAUCGAGUGGCGGAAGUUGAGCGGUGCCGGGUCCUUGGACAGACAGACGGCGGCCCGCCCGCGCGCCCCCGGACCCCGGCCGCACAGUGUCACACUGUUUGUGUCACAGUGUCACGGUGUUUGUGUCACAGUGUCACAGUGUCACACCCAGUGAUGUCACAGGGCCCGCCGGCUCUGUUCUGGUGACGUCAGAUGACGUGACGUCAGAGCUUUGAUGUGACUGUCACCGUGUUGUGAUGUGAGCCAAGUGUUAUCACGUCAACAGCAGCGUCUGAGUGUCCUGGGGUCUUAGUAAGGAGCCAUAACCUGUUGAUGAGGUAGCGGGUUCGCAGGCCGCUGUUUGUUGUAGAGUCUGCUCGGCUACCCGAUGAGACAGCCAUUAUGGAAGGCCGUGUGUGCUCUCGAUCACAGUUUUUCAGGUGAUCUGUUGUUGAUGAUCAGCAAUGUUGAUGGGGUACUCAUGCUUGGAUGUUUUUGAACACAAAUGGUUCAAUGACGUCUGUAAGUGGUGCCAAAGUCGAAGACGUUUCUGUACUGAAGUUUGUCAUUUAUGAAGUUAUUAUCCUAUUUUAACUAAUACCAACCUGUUAUAUCAACUGGGCAUCAUAUUUACAUACUUAACUACAACAUCUUCGGAGUAUUCGUUAAUUGUUAUCUUUACAAUCGUCGCAAAAUCGUUAAUCGUUAAUCGCUAGUCGUUAAAUCAUUAGUAAGUAAGAGUUAGACACAUUUUUGCAUAUUCGUUUUUCGCACUUACUAACUAUUUAACGAAUGACAAAAAUUAACGAUGAACGAUUUUAAGAGAUUGUAAGGUAACGAUUAACGAAAGGUCUUUGCUGCCCUCAUACUUUCAUCUUAGGAAUAUGCUAGGCAUUUUAUAUUUGCCGCCUCUGGUCGUUAAUCAAUUAUGAGAAGAUCUUGCCUGACAUUUUUUAAAGCUUUUUUCACUUAUUUAUGUCACCGAUGUGAAAUGUUCGUUGAUGCUAGUCAGCAAUGCCCCCGCAUUUUUUACCGUUUCGCUUUCAUUGCGGGCUAGAUUUAGGCGAACGUUUCAGUGACGUCAUGUCAUAAGCAGAGGAGAGGUGCGAAAAGAGCAAUGCUUGGAUGCGACAACCGUCGUGGACAUUUACCUUUGGAGAACAUGCUACACACCAUUAUAGGAUCAUUGACCCAACCAUUAUAGGGAUCAGUGCCCUCUGUGAGCUGCAUGACCGGUAUUGGGGGCAGUGUUUUCCUUAGGCUAUCAUGUAUGAGCAGCUCUAUGAGUGUGAGUAACUGAGCAUGUCGCUAAAAAUGUGCUGCUUCGAGUGAACUGUCGAAGUGCAACAUCAUGACUGUCGUGUUUGCAUUGAAAAUAAACCUUUUGCAAAUAA